CUUUGUGCUGGGCAGAGUUUGCCUGCACCCAGGCACCCUGGGUGAGCAGGGCUGCUGGACAAGCCUCCCAGCAGCACCCAGAGACAGGCUAGGAGGAAGCAGCCCACUGCCAAGCUCUGGGGCAGGCACUUGAGCUGGCCUGAACCUGGCACUGCAAACCUGAGUCAUGCCACAAGAGGUGUCCAAGCUGAACUUGGGGAAGAAGAUCAGCAUCCCCAGAGAUGUGAUGCUAGAAGAGCUUUCUCUCCUCACUAACAAAGGAUCCAAGAUGUUCAAAUUACGUCAGCUGAGGGUGGAGAAGUUCAUUUAUGAGAAUAACCCUGAUGCCUUCACUGACAAUUCUGUGGAUCACUUUCAGAAGUUCAUCACACCAGGAGGGCAUUACGGUGAAGAUGCUCAAGGCUAUGCCCAUGGGAGGAUGGUAGGAGGAGUGACAGCUGGACAGCAUGGGCAGCAUGGCUCCAAUAAGCAGCAGUAUCCUGGUGCUCCUCCUAGGCCUGGAAGCAAAGGAGGCCCUAGGGACAGCAAAGGGGAACAUGCUGGGGAAUCAGCUGGAAGUGGUGGAGAAGGAGGUGAUGGUACUGGGAAAGAUGGCAAGUCAGGAGGCAAAAAAAUCACUGUAUUUAAAACUUAUAUCUCCCCCUGGGAACGAGCAAUGGGUAUCAGCCCUGAGGACAAAAGUCAGUUCACCAUUGACUUACUGUCAUACAGUCCCAAAGCUGAUUUCCCCCAUUAUAAGUCUUUUAACCGGACUGCCAUGCCUUAUGGGGGUUUUGAGAAAGCAGCCAAACGGAUGACCUUCAAAGUGCCUCAGUUUGAUAUUUGCCCUUUGCUUCCAGAAUCUCUCAUGAUAUAUAAUCAAAAUUUCAGCAGCAGACCCUCCUUCAACAGAACCCCUAUACCAUGGAUGCCUUCAGGAGACUCGUCUGAGUAUCAUACUGAGAUCAAUGUGCCAAGGAGUGGUGAAACAGAAGAGCUGUAAACCCCUA